AUGUCUACAGAUGACCCUUUCGCCUUCCUAGGUGACACCAAAGCCACCCCCCAGCGGAAACCGACUACGAAGCCUCGAUGGCGGGAAAAACUAUUUUCGAAGGAUAAACAAAGCAAGGGCGCAGUUGGCGGCGGUGGCAGGGGUGGGGGUGCGACCGACCAGCAAAUUGAGUCGUUUCUAGCCCCCGUUCGUUCGAAUACUGUAUCGUAUGGAUCUCAUGGAGCUCACUCGACUGCUGGGGCCUCACGGGGACUUCCAACACCACGUUUAGAUGUCUCACAACGGUGGCAGUCAUCAUCAUCCCAAGAUGUUUCAGAAGCCUCUCCCAUUGCGAAACCCGCUUCGGCUACCGAUAGCUAUCCAUCGAUGAGCUUUCCAAGGGCUCCCCCGAAAAACCCCGCUCGGAAAGGCCUGCGAGUCAGGUUCACUGAGAGGGUGCCCGAGGUGAUCGGUGAGGGUGGUGACGAAUCGGAAACGCCCACGGUGGUGAUAUCCAAGAAUCGCAAUCGUCAAAAUAGUCACGGGUCAAGUCAACAAGGAGAUAUACUGGAUUCUCGUCAACCAACACUCCCUCAGCUUCACCUCGAUACCUCUUUGGGAGACGGGUUUGCAUCACGGCAUCAGCGUACGAACACGCAAGACAAGAUCAACCCCGCUGCGACCAAGCCGUUAUUUUUACAGAGCCCUCAGGAUUCGGAUUUUCUCAUGACACUAAACAUGGGCCAGCCCGGGUCUCGGUUGUCAUUCCGAGCAUCGCCGGAGUCUAGCACGUUUGCGCAGCGAGUCCGGGAUAGGAUGCAAGCUGAGGAGGGUCGUGCUCUGCAACAUCGUUAUCAAGAUCCCCCGUCGCCGAGCAAUGACAAUAAGGAAGGGCAAGGGCCGAUGCCGGUGGCCCCAGCGGCCCCAGCGGUGCCCGAUAGUCCAAGCUCCGAGUAUGAAACACCUCCGAUUUCAGAGGACGAGGCCGAACCAGAAGCCAACCCUUUCCGAAAUCCUGCCAGCCCGCCAUCGCGAGGACCUGUUUCUCCGCCGAUUGAGCCUACGUUACCUUCUGGUCUCACACCGGCUAGUGUGACGAUGAGUGCCUCUCCUCCAAAACCCCUGCCUCCUUCCAGGGACUCUGCCAUGGGUAGCCCAGGCCGCCCGAGUAGUGGAGACAGCCGGGAUGCUCCACGAAACCCUCAAGUUCCCAAGAUGUCCUUACGGUCUAUCGCUAACCAGUUUGGUGACGCUGCUUUCACGGACCUCAAGGCUUAUGUAGCGCAGCAUGAAAGCCUCAUUCGACAUAAUGCAGAAAGGAGGAAGGCCUUGAUGGAGUAUUCGCUCACAGAGUGGGUGAGGGCUGCAGUAUGGUGGUUUAUGCGCGGGAAGAAAACACUUGAGGUGUACGCACGAUCCCGCCCUUCGAGCUCCGGUUCCAGUCCGCAGCAGUCCAAGUCUACGGAAACCGCGAAACAGGCUGUGGUUGAUCUUGGGAAAGCAUUGUGGAUAUGUGAAAACGUUAUUCCUAAACACAACGAGUUAACCCGUUACGGUGCGAUGAGCGUCGACGCCUUGCUAGCAGUAAUAAGCACAACUGGCGACAAACGCUUAGCUGACCUCCUGGGCUUGCACCAAACGAUCUUAAAUCACUUGCGCUCUUUGGCAAUGUCUAUCAAAAGGAACAAUAUCAUUACCUCAAUUGAUGCCACAGGCGGUGCAGGAAUCCAGGCUGAGACCAGUAUGUGGUUGAAGUAUCCUGCCUUUGCUCCAGAUGUCUCAGCCAUCCUUUCUGGUACUGCCACGAGGUCUAUGUUGGUCGACAAGUCUGGACAAGGGCCGAAUCUGGCACAAACUAUGCCACUAGGUGAUACAAGUCGAUACUUCAGCUAUGGAAGCAUGUUUGUGAAGGUUAUGGUGAGCUCAAGUGAGGAUGGUACUCACCAUGACGAACCCCUGCCGUGCGUAUUGUCUAUUAUCCGUGACCGGGCCGACUGGUACGUGUUUGCAUCAAUUACCAGCCAGAAUGAAUUGGUCAAUGUCAUGAUUCAGUCAGAUAAGAAAAAGGGCCCUACAUGGAAUGAUGUGCACUGGCGUGUGCGAUCAAACUUCAUGCAGGUGAAACUUCCCCGUGGGUUCCAGUUGGAUGUUAUGUUCCAAGAGGACGAUUUCAAAAAUCUGUGGAACAUCGUGCAAUAUACACAGCAAACCGAAGCUAGUUUGCAGCCGAAAUCCGAUGAGACUACAAUUUAUGAAACUACCUUAAAGGUUUUCCAAUAUAUGGAUCCUAGCAAGAGCAAGGCGUUCCCUGCUGAACCUAUUGAGCACUGCCGCGUUCGGCUGUUUGAGCGCUCCAUGACCGUGACUGAGGGCACUGGUAGCCGCGAAUUACACCAAGGCUACCGUAUUGCAGUUCUCACAAGCCCCAAGGUCAAGACGCUCAGCAAUGUAAGCCACAUUAUCGGUCAUAAUGCACCAAUCGUGUUUGGUCUUCUCAGAGGUGAAGAUGGAGCGCCGGCUCUCAUGCUCAAGGUCAAACAGGAUGGCAGGAGUCGUUCCAUGCUAAUGACGUUUCACGACGUCGAGGAGCGCAGUGCCCUGCAUUCUCUACUACUCGGAAUGACAACCAAAGAGGGGGAGGUUAAGACACCUGAUAUUCCUAUCCGUGCUUACGCCAUCGAACAGCCAGCUGAUCGAUUCAACGGUCAGCCGGAGACAGCCCACUUACAGUUUCCUGCUGGUAGUGUGUCGGUUAUUGAUCAGGAGCACGCCUUUGUCGACCAUCAAUAUGGCCCAACUAUUCUCUCAGAACAUUUACGGGCUUUCGUGGCGACCGAAUGGGGAUCUGUAACGGACCGUAUCAACCUUGGGCCUGGCGAGUUGAAACUGGGUCUGGAAAUUAACAACCGUACGGGCCUGAGUCUGUACCGGCCCGGACAACAUGAUCUGACCGUUUCAAUCGCCGAGAAUCUCACCGCUCCUGAAAUGCCAGACCGUUUUGCGGAUUUCAUGCAGAUCGCGAUGGUGAAGCCAAUGGUCCGCCGGUUUGACUUCGCGACUGUCAAAGACCUUCACAAGUUUGAAGCCGCUGUCACAGGAUUCAACGUGCUAUACGACGGUAUUGCUACUUCCUUCACGAUAUCACGACGCCGCAUGGUGGUCCCAAUCACGAAGAAGUGGGAAUCAACUAGAGCCCGGAUUCAAGUGGUUCAACAUGACAAGGUUAUACAAUUGAUAGCAUUUUUGAAUGACUUCCACCAUGGAAAGUGCAUGAACUUUGUACUCAAAGGCACCGAUGUAUACGAAAACUUUACCCGCUCGGGCAAGUUUUGCAUUAAGCUGUGUGAUGCCAAGUUUGCGCUACCAAAAACCGGCGAUGAUCCCACGUCUAGUUUCAUCUGCUUGGACAUGCCCGAUUUCCCCAGCGAGAAUGAUGAUAUUUCGAUUGGCUUCGAUUCUGAAGCUGACCGAGCCAAUUUGCAAGCUGCUCUUCCAGGAUCGUCUCGGGAGGCAUCUCGAAUGAGUUCUCUUCGGCGGUAA